AAUACUAACUUUACCUGGAAUUUCUGUUGAAUGUCUGAAUAUACAGCCAACUUUACCUCGAUAAUUCGCCUUAAAUUAAACAUUUUUAAAAAUUAAGUCGAGGGACUUUAUAGCACUAAUGUAGAAGGUCAUCGGUUCAAGCUUUCCUUCCCCCAAUCGGUAAUUACUGUAUUUACCAGGGUUUUAGAAAAACCUUUCACUCUCUGUUUAAUACGUAACCAGUCUGACAAGCUUCUGCAUUGGUUGGCCUGGUUGUCAUGCACAGCUGUUUACAACAUCAAACGAGAACGAGGUGGAAUUUCCCAGGUUACAGCAGAAACCACUUCCGCAAAUGGUGUCUGGGCAAAACGAAGAAGCCACUGAAGCAGAAAGUAGUACUGUACCUCAGUGAGCAAAGGAGACUGGACGGUGGAGGCCGGGCCCGUCAUAACAGGCUCAUAUAUUCAGCCACCUCUUCCUCUAAUCAAUAAUGAACGAAGAAAGGAUGAGAUUGAGAGGACGAAAAGACGCCAGAUUCCGAGCGCCAUGCCUUGUAAGUGAAGCCGUGGCGAUGGAAGGAAAAGGGCCGUAUCGCAUCUAUGACCCAGGCGGGGGUGAGGUCAAGGUCAAAGAGGCCAGGGAGGAGAACAGCAGCGCAGGAGGAGGAAGCUACAGACAACUCCUGGAAGAGAACAGUGUGCUCAGAGAGAGGAUGAAAGGACUCCGGAGCUUAGGGGACUUGUUGGAGGAGUCUCAGUCUGAGGCUUCCAAGCUGCGCCAGCGCGUAGAGGAGCUGGUCCGAGACAACGAGGCCCUGAAGUCGUCCAGCUACAGCGUGGCUGCCAGCCUCUGCACAGGAGGCCCCACCCAAGCUGAGACACAGGGUCAGGGUAAGCUUCACAGCCAGCGUGUCGCAGACCAGAGAGAGAGCCAGGCGGGUCCCUCAACGGGGAAGGCCCUGUCGCCCGAGAAGCCCUGUGAAGGUCUUUCUGAGUUUGAGGUGGUGAAUAUGGAGGAGAAGACAUGCGAUAUCCAUACGACGGGCGCCGUGGCGGGUCCGCUUCCGCAGGAAAACCAAGAGUUGGCCAGCCAGUUGCAGCGCCUGGAGAGUUCCUUCAGUAUCUUUGCGGAGGAGUCCAACCCCAAUCAGCUCCUAGCACACCUGGGUCGCAUGGCCGUUGAGUUCCACCACCUCUCCUCCAAGGUCCAGAAGAACGAGCAGAGGACAUCCCUCCUACAGACACUUUGUGAGCAGCUCAGACAAGAAAACAACGAGCUGAGGAAGAAGAUGGAGGAGGACCUGCAGUACAGAAACCGAGACUUGGAACAGCUGAGACAGGAGAACCUGAAGCUAAAAGAGCUGGUGACGGGAGGAGACCCGGCAGAGAAGACCGAGGGGCCGCCAGAAGCCAAAGAAGAGCUGGUAAAAGAGGAAACCGCCAGCGUUAGAUCCAAGAUGGAGGUCACCACACCACAGAAGAGUGGUAAGUCGGCAGACAUGGAGAAGGCCCCGGGUAAGCCGUGUGAACCCGAAGUCUACGAGAAGAAGAUCAAGCUGUUGGAGAAGCAGAGAAAGGAUAUACUGGAAGUGAACAAGCAGUGGGAUAUCCAGUGGAACUCUAUGAAGUCACAGUUCGAGCAGAAGAUUACAGACUUGAGACAGCGACUGGCGGACUCGCAGAAAGCAGUGCUGGAGCUUGAGGCCGAGCGAGAGCAGAGGCAGCGGGACUAUGACAAGAAGCUGCUGCUUGCCAAGUCCAAGAUUGAGAAUGUACAGGGGGAGAAGGAGUGUCUGAACUCUGAGACGACAGAGUUGAAGCAGAAGGUUCGUUACCUGCAGGAUCAGCUGCUGCCCCUCAGCAAACAGAGGGAGUACCAGGAGAAGGAGAUCCAGCGCCUCAACCGGGCUCUAGAGGAGGCCUUGAAUCUUCACCCCCCUGCCUCCUCCCCACAGCAACCACCAGGCCAGGGCGGUGGCGGUAACCAUGGUGACGGGGCUGGCAAUUCAAGGAGGCAGGAGCUCCUCACUCAGAUAGCUGUGUUAAAAGAACAGGUGAAGAUCUUUGAGGAGGACUUCAGGAAAGAGAGGAGCGACCGGGAGCGAAUGAAUGAGGAGAAGGAGGACUUGAGGAGACAGGUGGAGAGACUGCAGGGUCAGAUGACCAACCUCAACAAUCAGCUUCACCAGGCCCAGAGCGAGUGUCAGAGGGAGAGGACCGAGAGGUGUAAGCUGGAGAGACUGCAAAUGCAACAUCAUAAACAGGGCCAGCAGCAGCAGGAGAGACAAGAGCGGCGUACCUCGGACCCUGUGAACGCCCCACUCAGCCCUCCAUACUGUGGUCCAUUUAUGCAGGUGGUUCCCGGAGGACAGGGCCUGGACGGCUGGCCCAUACACUUCCCUCCCCGGAUAACCAACAAUGCCGCCGCCGUGUCGGCAGCCGGUAGUAUAGUGCCGCCGGGACGCAAUGACUUCACGCCGCUCACACCGGGUUUCCCAUGGCAACCAUCGUUCCAACAGCCCAGAGGGUCCAGGGGGGCUGCGGCUGGCACAGGUGACGCAUCCCGACCCCCUCCGGAAAACACAGAUCAGUCUACAGCUACUGGCUUUGGAAAAAGAGAGCGACAGAAUGUUGACCCUGGAAAGCACUAAGUACUCUCCAACAUUUGUUCCCGCGUUCUCCCGCCAUGGAGUAGAGCUGGGUGGUAGCAGCAUGGUUCAGUUUGUUUUCAGUUGACCAGGUGUGAUUUUGAACUAUAAUUUUUCUACUGAACUGUAGAUAUCCUAUUGUAAUGUUGUUUAUACUUGCGUUUUAUAAGCCUAGUUGUGAAACAAACACUGUUUUUGGCUAUUCAGAAAUAUAUACAUGAAUAUUAUUUAGAUUUUAGUUUUUUAAUGUCAUUAUUUUUGGAUAUUCCAUAUCUGCUUCAUGUGAUUCUAUGCAGGAAGUCAUUUGUGUAAUAAUUUGAGAUGCUACAAAUUUCAUAUUAAGACAAUAUACCUAUUUGAUUAUUGGCUAUUGAUGAUCAUCCCAUGUUAAAUAUGUAACAUUUUUACAAACAGGUUUUGUUACUCUUAGGGUUGAGGGGUUAAUUCUCCCAUACUUGUAUUCAUUCCAACAAUAUAUAAUUAUAUAGUUAGAUUGCCUUGGGAUUGGAAAACAUAACCAUUGAUGUAGUUUAAUUUCUGAUAAUUAUUUCAGUACCAUUGAUGUUCAAGAACUGUACCAUAUGUGUAACUGUUCAAAAAGUGAUUGUUGAAAUACUCAAAAGUUGGGAAAUGAAUUUUGCUGGUAUAUCAUGCCAAAAAAAAUGUAGUUGUGAUGAUUAUUGAUAAUUUAUUUAUUAUCUAAUGUUUUGAUGGUUGCAUUGAUGACAUGUACAUCACUUGUCUUUAGUAAUGCUGUUCUUUAUAUGUUGUUAGUGUACUCCAAAUAUAUUGUAGCUAUUGACAUUGUACGUUUGUUAUACACACACCUUCACAAGCACCCGAUGUGGCAAAAAAUAUCCCAUUUGAAUGCGGCCCUAUUGCUUUUGUUUUAUUGGUUCCAACUUUUUGGUCACAAUUCCAGUAUGUGAAUGCACAUCCUAAUAGUCCUUAAAAUGUUUACCCUGAAAAGCUGUCCAAUCAUAUGUCUGGAGGGUUGGGUCAUAGAUGGUAAUUUACCCAAGCUUUGUUACAAUCAUCGUGAAUGGCUUCCUUUCCCAGUCUUGUUCGUUUUAUCUGCUUUCAUUCCUUACCAUUGACAAGUAAAAUUACUAGGGUGCAGGCCUAUUCUGAUUACUUUAGACCUCCACCUACCGGAACAUUCUGCCAGUAGUGUAUCACUGAAGAAGCUUCAGCUGCAUUAAUAUGUCAAUUUAUAUCGCGUUAACAGGGUAUAACCAUGUUAGUAUGUACAUUUAUAUCGCGUUAACAGGGUAUAAGUGCAUUAAUAUGUACAUUUAUAUCGUGUUAACAGGGUAUAACCACGUUCGUAUGUACAUUUAUAUCACGUUAACAGGGUAUAACCACGUUCUUAUGUACAUUUAUAUCGCGUUAACAGGGUAUAACCACGUUCUUAUGUACAUUUAUAUCGCGUUAACAGGGUAUAACCACGUUCGUAUGUACAUUUAUAUCGAGUUAACAGGGUAUAAGUGCAUUAAUAUGUCCAUUUCUACAUAGUGAACAGGGUAUGAUUGGUCUCCAUCGUAUUGCUUUAGCCUGUCAGUGUCAUGUUUUUCUGAUCCGUCAGAGGCCAGGAAAGGAAGCCAAUUCAAAACUGUUUGUGCCUAAGUCAGGCCUGAGGCUCAGCAUCAUGACUACGUAAUACCUCCGUAACAGCUCACUGAUGAAACACCCUAGCCAGACUGGGGCUGCUUGCCAAAUGACACCUUCUCCCCAUUUAGUGCACUAGUUUUGACCAGAACCCAGACUGGUCAAAAGUAGUGUGCGAAAAAUGGGGAUUGUGACACCAUUUGGAACACGUUCCUGACUCCGCUGGCUACUCUGUCUUAAUCCACCUUGAAGACCAGCAUCUCCAUGCCAACUAUUCCAGCACGGCUAUCUACACGAGAUUCCUGUGAACCACUGUGACUGACCCAAACUGAGCCCUUAACCUCACGCCCAGGUACUCUAGCAGAGGAGGAUUGGAUAGGUGUUGACAAAAUGACAAAGCGGAGUUCUAUAUUAUAUACCUAACCAAUGCUUUCAUGUCUUGUCUGGAGUUCAGUAGGUGAGGGAUUGGUUUGGGAUUGGGUACUGUACUCUAAGGCUCCAAUCUUCCUGGUGUGUGACUCUUUUGGUGGUGAACCAAUGUUAUGUACUGUAUUUCCUCCAAAUCAAUCAAACCAACUAGAAAGGGGGUUUAAUAUGUAUGGUAUUAAAAACGCUGGAUAUGUUUACUUAUGUAUGUUUUAUUCAGAUUGUUGGUUAAAAGAUGGUCGGUCUUUCAGAAUGAUUGGUGUAAAUACAGUAGUAACAGGCAUUUUUAUUAUUUUUUUAAUUACGAUUAGAUUUCAGAAUGUUCCAAUUGUGGAGUGGAGAUGUUUUGAAUUGCACUUUGAAAGAAAUGCUUUGUUUUCUUCUGGCAGUGGUAUUUUUCUGGUUUGUAGCUCUGGAGUUUUGCAGUAGGCAAAAGCACAUCACUGAUGUGAUAAGAUUUUUUGUAUUUGACUAGCUUAAUAAACAUAUUCUAAAUGUGUUA